CUGAGGGAUGAGAGAGACCAGCUUAUAAAGUCUAUGAGUGGACUGAAAGAGGAGAAAGAGUCUUUAUCUGGCCUCGAAGGAGAAAAAGAGAAACUGUUGAAAUCUCUCUCAAGUGGAAAAGAUGAGAGAGAUCAAAUCAUCCAGUCACUACAAAGUUUACAGACAGAGAGUGACCAGUUAAGCCAGGCGGUGCUUUGUUUGAAACAAGAGCGAGACAAACUAGCUGAUUCCCUUAAGUGUCUGAAGCAACAGAGCGAUGAGGAACAAUCAUCUUACGGUUCACAAGAAGAGCGCGAUAAGUUAAUCAAAUCCGUCAGCAGUUUGAGAGAAGAUAAAGAGAGAAUUGAACAUUCAAUCAAUUGUUUUAAACAGGAAGAAAAGCAGAUACCGCUUUUACUUCAGGGCCUAAGAGAGGAAAGAAACCACCUUCAAGUUGCUCUGCCCAGCCAAACGCCAACAGAGGAGAGGAAUCAGAAGCAGCAUCUGCUGAAUACAAACAGCGUCGUUACAACAAAGACGCCUGAGACUCUUGUUGGAACAGCAGCUACACCAAGAUGUCCGACUCACGACCUCAGAGGAAACUCUGUACAGGAGCAAAGUGAUCUGAGGAGGGAAAUUGAAGCUUUGGGAGCAGAAUUAAAAAGGUCACGGGACGAACUGGACAAGAGCCGUAAAGAUACCAAGAGGCUGCACAGUGAAAUGUGUAACUCAGAAUCCAGGAAGGAGGAGGCCGAGAGAAAGGCAGCUGACGAGGUGGUGAGGCAGACAGUUGCUACCAAUCAGAUGGAAGAAACCAUAAAGGAAAAUGACAGCCUCAUGACGCAGGUGAAGGAGCUGCAGAGCAAACUGAGAGGCCUGCUCAGGGAGAAGACUGAUGCUCUGUCACUGAAGGCACAGAUAGAAGAGCAAAACAACAUCCUUACAGCUCAGCUCAAAGCUAAGACGGUGGCUCUAGAGGAGCUAAACUCGGAGUAUAUCGCUCUGAAACGAAAGCAGGGCAGCAAAGAUGAUCCGAGCACUGUUCUCGUCUCACUCAGGACACGUUACAACGACAUCAGAGCGAAGUAUGAUGCACUCCUGAAAAAGAGGAGCCAGAAUGAUCUGAAAAUAGCUCCUUUAAAGGCCAAGCUGUCUUGCCUGGCGGUGAAGUGUCAGGAGAGAAACAGCUUGUUGGUUCAGAUGAUGAAGGCCAUGCAUAGACGAGGCUGUGUGGACUCCACCCUCACACAGCAGGUGGAGCAGCUGCUCAGUGACGCUGCUCUGCAGGACUACACUGCAGCAUUCACACCGGGGGGCAACGUUAACACCCGAAAUUACAGCACUGGGUAUAUACCAGGAUUUAUUUCCAAAUUCCAAGACGCCACCAGUGGAUUCACACGUGAUCAGACCUGCUCUACUGCAUCCCCACUUGUAAAUCUGCACUACCAAAAUGGACUCGCACCUGAAUGUGGAGUAAAAUGUAGAGAACUAAAAAGUGAAAAACACACAUUUUUAGUCCCAGCUGAAGCCACAACAAAUUGUGCAAGACUGCAAUAGUGAAGUCACACCUGCACCAACAGGAACACUGAGGACAAAUGCCAACUCACCUGUGCCAACCUCACCAGUGCAAGAGCAUGCCCGUGUCCAAGCGACGCCAUCACCUGUUGUUCCAGCUCUGAAAGAGAGCUUCAUCUCCAAUACAGCACAGCUCUCUCCCUCACCAGAGAAAUGUGGAUUUCAUCCCCCAGUCACGAAAGGGAAAUCCUCUCCAGAUCUGACCAGUUCGCCUGGAUCCUCACUGAGUCCGAGCCGGAGA